GCACCUCUCCCGUUGGAAACACUGAGAUUUUUUCAGCUGGAGAGCCAUGUCCUGGCCGCAGGAGCCAGCGGCCCCGGGCCUUUGGAGCGGAGUCGGACGCUGGGCGGCUUCCUGCGGGCCGCUGGACCCUUCCCGGUGGCAGUGGCCUAUCCAGCGGCCUCGGCUUGGGAGUGCUGGGCGGGCUACAACCAAGCAGUGCCAGUACCAGCGGCUCAGGAGGAGGCGCCAUCGGGCCGUGCUUUGCUGAAUGACCCUCGUUUCCAGCGGCUGGUGUCUCACAUCUAGCCCCUCCAGUGUGACCUUCAGGGCCCUGCCAACACCAUGCAGUGCUGCGCCACCCUCCAGGCGCGGGGCACCAAGUUGCCGAGCGAGGUCGGCGUGGCGGUGUACCAACGGUUGCUGCACCCAGAGACAUUCGAGACCCGGAAGCUGGCCAUCGUUACGCGGCACCACGCAGAUCCAUCUCUCCGGCCGCCAAAUCUGCUGGAAAGAGUCGCCCCCAUUGUCUUGCAAAGGAUCGCGGAGCUCUCGAAACAGGACAUUGCCAACUUUGCUCAGUCCUUUGCUCACUUAGAGCUGCGCGGCCCAGCGACGACGCACGCGCCGUGGAGCAGCUGCGCGGAGACGGAGCGCUCCCUGUCGUUGGUUGCCUGGGCCUGUGCCAAGCUGACGGAGAAUUCUCUGCCGCUGCUGGAUGCGGUUGCCCUCGCAGCUGAGCAUCGAAAGCCGGAGACACCGUCCCAGCACUUGGUCGACCUGGUCUGGGCCUUUGCUGUUUGCGCGGCCAAGAGCGCACCGCUGCUGGCCGCCCUUUCAGCGGAGGCGGAGCUGCUCCUGGCCCCAGCGGAGCGUUCCGCGCGGGAAGCUGCCAACACCACGUGGGAGUUUACCACAUCAGUCAUGGAGAAUGAAGCUUUGAUUGCUGCCACGCAUGUUGCGCCACACGCCCGCAGAGAGGUGGCGCACCCUCGCCGGCCGCUUUGGGCGGACAUCCAUGAUGAGGAGCCAGAGGCCCAGGAGCUCCCGCGCCGGAAGAAGUCCUCGCCGGCGCCGCCGCUGAUCUCCUGGCAGGACCCGGACCCGGAAGAGUUCUCGGAGGGCAGUGACUGGGACGCGCCCCAGGGAUCACGCCAAUGCCAAGAUGCAGUUGAGCCUUCAUCGCGGGUCUGGACGUCCCGCAAGGUCUGCAGCUCUUCGCAAACAAGGUGAUGCAGCAUGCCAUUGUAACACACGCCUUCCAGCCUUUGAAGAUACUUACCCUUCCGCCUUGCCCCAUCCGGCAAUUUGUCUCGAGGCAAUGUUGGUAGAGCUUGCAAGGCUCGUGCGGAUUGAAUCCACCUAAGCCACUC